AGUAUUUUUUUGGAGGUGGGCUGGGCUGGGGUUAUUUGGAGGGAUUAUAUAUCAUCUGAGCUAUAUCUCCUAUCCAUCUCCCUAUCUAUCUAUCUAUCUAUGUAUGUAUGGGUGCAUGCACGCAUGUAUGCACGCACGCACGCAUGUAUGGAUGGAUGGAUGGAUGGAUGAUUUUGGGUAUAUUGAGAUGGACGUGGCGGUGGAGGGAGGUGGAGGGGAUGGAUGAUGCGAUAUUCCCUAUUUUUGCUUCUAGUUUUGUUUUUGUUUGCUUUGCUUUGCUUUGCUUUGCUUUGCUUUGCUUUGCUCUGCUUUGCUUUGCUUUGCUUUGCUUUGCUUUGCUCUGCUUUGCUUUGCUUUGCUUUGCUUUGCUUUGCUUUUGUCUGUCUUGCACCGUGUUAUUCCGCUCUGGUUUUGCUUCUUCCCCGGGGAUGGUGGAUGGAUGGAUGGUGGAUGGAUGGAUGGUGGAUGGUGGAUGGAUGGAUGGAUGGAUGGAUGGAUGAUGAUGAUGAUGAAAUACCCCCGCUCUUCUUUUCUAUCUUCAUCCCUUUUUCCUCAUCGAUUUCUUUUUUUUUUUUUUUUUGUUCCUUUUUUUCCGCCUUAAUUCAAUCUUAUUUGGCACCGGGGAUCGGAUUGGUUGAACUUGCUCUAUUACUGGUGACGGGAUGGGAUGGGAGGGACAGGAUGUGAUGGGAUGUGAUGGGACUGAGUUAGUUGACUACCUUAGAUUGGAUCAGAGAUACUAGUUACGAGCAGAAAUGACAAUCACAAUGACAAUCACAAUGACAAUA